GACAGACAGGAGCGAGAAAUAUAGAAAGACAGAAGAGGCAGAUCAGAUUGACACUGAGGAGAAAGAGAAGGCAAGUCUCUAAACUCCAAUUCAACUGUUUACUGGGUCACACUGGAACAAAGAGGCUGACAGAAAGGAGAGAAAGGACAGAGAGAAAGAAAGGAGAGAGAAAGAAAGGAGAGAGAGAAAAAGGACAGAGAGAAAGGGAAUUGAUAAAAGGAGAGAGAGACAUGGACAUUACGUGGGUAUUGAUGGUGCUGUCCUGGGGUGGGUGUGUGUGGGGGUACGGGCGUGGUGUGUGGGGGUACGGGGAACAUAAGGUAUCCUUGGGUCCAGAACCAUGUCCUUUACAGUGCCAGUGUGAGGAGGAUGGUAUCUUUAUUCUGGUGGACUGUUCAGAACUUGGACUGACAGUGGUCCCUGAUAACAUCAGCACCCAAACCACCUACCUUGAUCUCAGUAUGAACAACCUCAGUGAGCUUGAGCCUGGAGCCUUCCACAGACUUCUCCAUUUGACAGAGUUGCGUAUCUCGGGGAACAAGUUAAGAUACAUCUCUGGGGAAGCCCUGCAUGGUCUCAAUAGUCUCAGAGUGUUGAUGCUGCAAAACAAUCAGCUGGAGAGACUUCCCAGUGAGGAUCCAUGGAACCUGCCCAGCCUGCUGUCUCUGCGUCUGGAUGCUAACCUGUUGACAGAGGUGCCGGCACGAUCGUUUAGUUUUGUCCGGUCUCUCAGACACCUGUGGUUGGAUGAUAACUUCUUAACAGAGAUCCCUGUGUCAGCCCUGGACUUCCUGCCCAACCUACAGGCCAUGACCCUUGCCCUCAACCACAUCACAAAAAUACCUGACAACGCAUUCAGCAACCUCUCAUUCCUGGUAGUUCUUCAUCUCCAUAAUAACCAGAUCCAGACCUUGGGACAGAGAUGUUUCCUAGGCUUGCUCAGUCUGGAGACAUUAGAUCUAAACUAUAAUAAUCUACAGGAGUUCCCCACAGCCAUCAGGACACUGGCAAAGCUUCAGGAACUAGGGUUCCACAAUAACAACAUUAGAGUGAUCCCUGAGAGAGCAUUCAUGGGAAACCCACAACUGCAAACCCUUCAUUUCUAUGAGAAUCCCAUCCAGUCAGUUGGAAGAUCCGCCUUCCAGUUCUUACCCAAGCUGCACACCCUUUCCCUUAAUGGAGCAACCCAAAUACGAGAGUUCCCCAACCUGAAAGGAACCAGCAGCCUGGAAAUACUGACGUUAACCAGGGCUGGUCUCUCUGCUCUUCCUCAGGCGUUUUGUCAGCAGCUUCCCCGCCUCACAGUGCUGGAGCUGUCUUAUAACCAAUUAGAAGGUCUACCCAGCUUCCUCCACUGCUCUGCCCUGCAGGAGAUAGGCCUGCAGCACAACCAAAUCAGGAGGAUCGAGGAGAGAACCUUCCAGCAUCUCGUCUCUCUGCGCUCUCUAGACCUCAGCUUCAACUGUAUUGAGUGGAUUCACCCUGAUACAUUCAUUUCUCUUCACUCCCUCACCAAACUGGACUUAAGUGAGAACAGUCUGAUGUCACUUCCUGUGGGUGGUCUAGGGGGUCUGACCCAUCUGAAGCUGAGAGGAAACACUGAGCUUUAUGAAGACUUCAGCCCUGAACACUUCCCCCGUCUGAGGGUGGUGGAAAUGCCAUAUGCAUACCAGUGCUGUGUAUACACGUCAUGUGACAGCUACAAGUCCAUCAGCCAAUGGGAGACUGAGCAGAGCAGCGAGGAGGAAGAGCUGCACAAGAAAACUGUCACACUUUACCCUAUCCAGAUACACACACACUAUUAUCCUGACCUGGAAGAGUUUCAGAUGGAAAUAGAGGAGUCUAACCUACAGACCAAUGUCCAGUGCACACCUUUACCAGAUGCCUUCCGGCCAUGUGACACUCUGCUGGGCAGCUGGUUGGUCCGUGUGGGCCUGUGGUCCAUCUCUGUGGUGUCUCUGCUGGGGAACUCUCUGCUGUUGCUGUCUCUAUUCAGCACAGCAGGCUGCCUGUCUCCGCUGCGUUUCACCACCGCCUGCAUGGGCGCCUCCAACCUCCUCACGGGCAUGUGCACAUGCACCCUGGCCCUGGUAGAUGCCCUGACACUUGGAGAGUUUGGUCGCCACGGCGCCCGCUGGGAGUCGGGUGCCGGUUGCCAGGUGACGGGCUGGGUGUGGGUGUUUGCGUCCGAGGCCAGUGUGUUACUGCUGACGCUGGCGGCCGUGCAGUGCGCUGUGAGCGUGACGUGUGCCCGGGCCUAUGGGAAGACGCCCUCGCACGGGAGCGUGCGCUUCGCCGCUGUUCUCUGCCUCACCCUCUCCCUUAUCCUGGCCUCCCUUCCUCUGGUCAGUGUGGGGGAGUACGGUUCCUCUCCUCUCUGCCUGCCCUCCCCUCUGCCUCCCCCGUCCUCCCUGAGCUUCCCCCUCUGUCUGAUCAUGGUGAACACGUUGUGCCUGCUGAUAGUGGCUGGCUCCUACAGCCGUCUGUCCUGGGAGUUGCGGAGGGGGCAGUGUGGGGGGGUAUGGGAGUGCAGCGUAGUGAAACACGUGGCCUGGCUGAUCUUCACCAACGGCCUCCUCUACAUCCCUGUGGCCUUCCUGUCCCUCUGCUCACUGCUGGGUCUGCUCUCCCUGGGGGAGGAGGUGAUAAAGUCUGUCCUGCUCCUCCUUCAGCCUCUUCCCUCAUGCCUCAACCCCCUCCUCUUCCUCCUCUUCACACGAGACUACACCCACAUCCUGUCAUGGCCACGCCCCAAGCCACACCCCCACCUGCACCGUGAUCGCACUCUCGAUGACUCUAUGGUCUCUGUGGAGACAGAGAAGAGCUCUUGUUCUGAUUCGUCAAUGCAGAUGUCACUUACUGAGGCCGAAGUGCUCUACAGUGGAAGCCCCGCCCUUCAACCCCAGCUGGAGACAAUCAGAAACAGCCAAAGCUCUUCUUCCUCCUCCUCCUUCGUUCCCAUCAUCCCAUGCCAGGCAUCCUCCUCCAGCAUGAGAGAAAGAGAGAGGGAGACAGAGGAGUCAGACUGGUAAGGUGUGGCUAAUGAAAUGACAAAGGGACAUUAAUUUACAAUUUAAAGCACCACUGGCUAACUAACUGACUCGGACCCUAUGGAUUAUCACAGAUGUUUAACAACAGGGGGCGGUAGAGAGUAUCCCUUCCACACUAUGGAUCAUUACAGAUGUUUAACAACAGGGGGCGGUAGAGAGUAUCCCUUCCACACUAUGGAUCAUUACAGAUGUUUAACAACAGGGGGUGGUAGAGAGUAUCCCUUCCACACUAUGGAUCAUUACAGACUUUUAACAACAGGUGGCGGUAGAGAGUAUCCCUUCCACACUAUGGAUCAUCACAGAUGUUUAACAACAGGGGGUGGUAGAGAGUAUCCCUUCCACACUAUGGAUAAUCACAGAUGUUUAACAACAGGGGGUGGUAGAGAGUAUCCCUUCCACACUAUGGAUCAUUACAGACUUUUAACAACAGGGUGCGGUAGAGAGUAUCCCUUCCACACUAUGGAUCAUUACAGACUUUUAACAACAGGGUGCGGUAGAGAGUAUCCCUUCCACACUGUGGAUCAUUACAGACUUUUAACAACAGGUGGCGGUAGAGAGUAUCCACCUUUCUUAUAUUUCUCUGCCCCUUUAUCCACUCAAAACUUUAUUCUAGUCCACUACCAAGUCCUGGUAACAACUAGUUCCUGGAUGGGACUGGCUUCUACAGCCUUCUGUCCUUGGAGUUGCGGAGGGGUGUAUUUGCUAUUGCAGUAAUAGAAGAACUAUUAAAAAAGAUAUUUUGAACAAGUUAGAAAAAGUGGCAUGCCCUGUAAAAGGAUGUGGUUUAGACUCAAGCCCAGCCGAGAGAUAGUAUUAUCUGUGAGAUUCCGUAACUUAGUACCAUGUGAACCAUGUAUCUUAGUCUCAGUCCAGCCUAGUUCUAGUACUGUGUGUGACUGGAUGGGAUGUAGCCAGGGUUCACAGAUUAGAGGACCACCUAAUCUUAGUGACCCCUUCCUCCUCUUGUCACUAGCCCCUAGUCCUCCUCCCUAGACCCCUCCCCUCCUCAGAUCUCACCUCUAUGACCCCUCCCCUCCUCAGAUCUCACCUCUAUGACCCCUCCCCUCCUCAGAUCUCACCUAUAUGACCCCUCCCCUCCUCAGAUCUCACCUCUUUGGCAUGUCUUUCUGAUGUAAUGUUGAGCCCUGCCAAUCAGAAUACAGGGGACAGUGAUGUAAAUACAAUGUAACUACCUCUGAACUAGCAUGUUGUCCCUAGAAACCCAGAUGUUCCAUUUAUAUCAUAUACUUAUAUAUGAUUCUUGUAACAAACGUUUCAUUUAGAUGAUGAAAGAUAACUUGCCUCAACCAUGUACACGUAUGACCUUAGAUGGGUGCUGAGUCCUAUUAUAUAAUUUACAGAACAACAAUAGGACACGUGAAUUGAUUUUACCAGGAAAGGAGGCCUUUUUUGAAUGGCUAGAAAUGGAGCGCUUUUGCUUUCAACAAUGACAUGCCGCUUAUGUGUGAAUGAGGUGUUAGGCUCACUUCAAUUAAACCCAACUUGCAGGGUGUUUUUCCAGUGGUCAAAUCCCCUGUGCUGUAUAAAAUCCUACAGUUUUCAGACUGGUCUUGAUACUGGUCUACUACCAGAUGGGUUUAAUGCUGUAUAAAAACCUACACCUACUACCAGACUGGUCUUGGUACUAUAUAAAACCUGCAACUAUUACCAGACUGGUCUGGGUACUGUAUAAAAACCUACAGGUACUACCAGACUGGUCUUGGUACUGUAUAAAAACCCACAGGUACUACCAGACUGGGCUUGGUACUGUAUAAAACCUACAACUACAACCAGACUGGUUUUACUGUAUAAAACCUACAACUACUACCAGACUGGUCUUGGUACUGGUCCACUACUAUGUUGACCCACCUCUCAGGUAUACAUUCCUUUCAUCAUUAUAGAAGUGUGCGGACAAAAAAUGAAUAAAGACUUUGUAAACA